GUUAAAACAACGAUAAGCAAUUAUAUAUUUUAACAAUAUAAUUACGUGUCCCUUAGGAUUUGUACUCAGAGACUCGUUAAUCGUAGAGUGAUCCGCUGCCAUUACACAUAUGCAGCUGCGUCCGAAAGCACGGACAUUUCGACUUUAUUGAAUCACUGAGUCAGUUGUGAGUCAUGGUCUUGAAUCAGAGCAUUAAGGAAACGAAGCUACCGAUGUUCGGUCGACGCCAUGUACAGUGUUUGCUGCUUUUUUUUGGCCUCUCAAUUAUCUAUGCCAUGCGUGUCAAUCUGUCCGUUGCCAUUGUGGCGAUGAUGGACAAGACGGCGUCGAAUCCCAAUUUUCCCGAAUACAAAUGGUCAGAGCAAACGAAAUCUCGAGUGAUCAGCAGUUUCUUCUGCGGCUACAUUUGCACACAAGUCCCUGGUGGCAAUUUGGCGCGACGUUUUGGCGGCAAAGUAAUGCUACUCUUUACGAUAACCAGCAGCAGUAUACUGGCUAUAUUUACACCGUUGGCCGUCAGCGUAGGCGACUGGAUGUUAUUAUGUGUGCUACGUUUCCUACAAGGCUUCGGACAGGGGUCGACCAUACCAGCGAUGGCAACAAUGCUGGCCAAAUGGGCGCCAGUUGAGGAACGCAGCUCUUUGGCCACCUACCUUUUUUCGGGCGCACAAUUCGGCACAGUUAUAAUGUUGAGUUCCAGUGGCGUACUGGCUUCCUCCAGCUUAGGUUGGCCAAGUAUUUAUUAUAUACCCGGUAUGUUCGGUUUGUGUUGGGCAUUAAUUUGGCUGUGGCUUGGAGCGAGCUCACCUAGAGAUUGUAAAGCUAUUACCAUUGCUGAACGCAAUCAUAUCGAAACCUCCUUAAAUGCGCACAAGAUAGAUGACCAUGAACAUGAAAUGCCUACCAAAGUGCCUUGGCGUAAGAUAUUCACUUCACCGCCAUUUUUGGCAUUACUAACUGCACAUUGCGGCUACACAUGGGGCUUCUGGACACUGCUCACCCAAAUACCAUCGUAUAUGAAGAGUGUACUUGACAAGGAUAUUAAGAGUAAUGCGUUACUCUCUUCCCUACCGUAUCUCACGAUGGUGAUUUUGGGUUUCAUUUGUUGUCCCUUCGUGCGUGCUUUUGAGGAAUCAAAAGUGGUUAGCACCACAACUUCGCGUAAAAUUUUCAAUACAAUCGGUCAAUGGAUACCGGUUACCACAUUCAUAUGGUUGGGUUACGUGAGCGCGAAUGAGAGCGAUUUAGCUGUGGUGCUCUUAACUGUAACUGUUGCGAUUAGUUCGAUAACACAUUUUGGCUGGCAGGUGAAUCAUAUUGAUCUCUCGCCACACUUUUCUGGCACGCUUGUGGGUUUGACAAACACAGCCGCCAAUGUAAUGAGCAUCAUUGCACCGCUGGUCGUCGGAUAUAUCGUAACGGAUCCGACAAGUUCGCAGCAAUGGCGCAUAAUAUUUUUCAUCGCUGCCGGCUACAAUUUCGUUGCGAAUUCGCUCUUCAUUACUUUCGGCUCAGCAGAAAUGCAACCCUGGCAUAAUGAAGAAGUCAAGGUGCAGGAGCUGCAACCACUCAACGAGAGUUCGCUGGUGACGCGUUCAACUGACGUUGAGAAGAAGAAGGAGAAUGUUUAAAUUUUUAUUUCUUAAAAUAUUUCAGUAUUAUUUGUCGUAUGUAAUUGGAAAUGUAUGUUUUUUAACCGGUUUGAAUUUAGUGUGUAAAAUAUAGGUCUGUAUUAAUAGUUAUAGCAAAAUGUAAUAGAAAUUAUAGAUAACAUAUAUUUUACUAAAAUAAAUUUUAAAGUUCUAUGGAGCGA